GAGGGAGAGAAAUAGCUGUAUAUGCUUCCACAUGGCCUUAUGUCAGUAAAUCCAUUUUUUUUCCCUGAAGUGACAGUGACUUGCUGCUGUAAUACUUGUUUUGCUCUAAGUUUCUGUUGCUGUACUGUAGUUACCUUGGCACGUUCUGGUAGUGGUGAGGCCAAGUGAUUUCCACAACGAGUCAAGCAGCGUAACUGGGCGAGAUCAGUGUUUUACUGGUAACAUGGGCCAGUAACUCGGUGAGCCUUAAAUACCUGGAGUUGUCCCAGAUUUCUACCUCAUGUAAAGGUAACAGCCCUAGGUGGAGUUGCAUCAGUGAUUAAAUACAGAUUGAAUACAUAUUAAUGAUGAAACAUGAUGAGCUCAAGGUUUCCCAGCUGUGAAAUGGGAUUAGGGCUAUGAGCACACAGUAAACAUUUAAUGGCUGCAGAAACCGGAAAAUAAUUUGAUACAACCCUUUGCUUCAAACCUGUAGGUGAUUCCCAGCUGCCUCCUGUUCUUAAGGAAUAUUGAUCCGAGUCUUCAGUUCACUUUUUAUCCACUUCAUUUCCUUAGAAGAACUAAUGUUUGCUAACUUAAACCCAGAAAAUGCUUUUACUAAUUCCAGUUGAAUUCAAGAGGUUGGCACAAGGUUCUCCUUUAGAGCUAGCAGAGAAAUUCAGUGCAUUGAUCUAGCUCUUCCUUUUAUGGCCUUUUCAUAAGUAAUAAACCUGCAGAUCUAAAAAUACAGUAAGGAGAGCAAAUGUCACAGAUGAAGGGCAGCCAGCUGUGUGCCUGGCCCUUUCAUGCUGUCAGAUACUGAGAGCUUGGAGUUUCCUGGUUAUAAAAACACAUCUUUGCCCUGUCAGUGCAUGGCCACCUGUAUUUCAGCAUCAUCUAUGCUGAUCAGUAUGUAUUGAGGGGAAAAAUUCAGUGGCUCUUAUCAAGGCAUGGUGAUGUGAUGAGCCUUUUCAUGUGUGUAUUUCCUGAAAUCCAUCCAUUGUCCUGCUUUGACACUAUGCAUUUGUUUCUUGCUUUAGUGUUUUAGCUCACUAUAUUUUAUUUUUAUUUUUACUUUUUUUUUUUUUUUCAAGUACAUGGCUUAAUCUACUUCUGAAUCCCAGAAGCUAUUGCACUUACCUUGGACGUGUAUAACAUCUAAUAGUCAGAUUUGAUGUGACACGUUAUUUUUCCCUCAUUCCCUUUACUGGAUUGUCUUCCUGAAGCAAAUAUGCCUCAAAAAGUUGCUUCCCAGAAUAUUAAGCUUUUACUGAGGACCGUGGGGAAAAUUGGUGGUGGGAGCAGAAGCCUGAAUCCUCCUGCAGAGCAAAUAGCACUUUAUUUCAGCCUGGUCCUUCUUUCUCAGAUUUUGAUAUCUGAGCCCUGAGGGCUCCAGCUUCCUACCUCAUAUGGCUGGUCUCAUUGGGAACUGCCUGAGGAGAGUAGCAGUGUUGAACCCAGAAGAGCGAGGCUGUCCUAAAUGACUUCAAAAUGGCCCUGUAGGUUGAAUGGCUGUAAUAAGCUCUCCAUCUUGCAGUAAUGCAAGUAAAUUAUUAAUGCAGUAACUUCCAGUGUUAGGUUUAUUUCUUUUUUUCAAUAAAAGUUUCACAAAUUAUUCUCAGAAAAAAAAAUAAUAAAUGAUAAAUGUCUGAAAAUUGCCUUGCAAGCCGAGUAAGGGCAGUCUUUGUGAUAGAUGGGUUUUGGUGCUUUCUCACUAGCAAGCAGACUGUGCUCAAAAGUGAAAACAGAGAUAUCUAAGCUUCUUUAACAUAUCUUUCUUCCAGGGACAAAGCAGUAAAUGUGAGGUGAUGGAUGUGCGGGUAGCCCACUGCCUGCUCCUCUGGGCUGUGCACUUCUUCCCAGCUGCAUCACGCACUGCUCUCAGGGUAAGCUUCAUUAGACCUGAGACUGAUAAUCAGCAAGAAGACUGUAUAAAUCUUAUUCCCUGCGAAGAUAAUGGAGCUAUUUGUAUUCAGGCUUGUUCUCCCUCCUUCCAUGGGGAGACAAGCUUUGUCUGUGAAGACAGGAAGUGGCAAAUGUUCACAGAUGCCUGUGCAAACCUGGAUGUUCAGUCCCUUUUUCAGAGGAUUUCUGUGCAUGAUCUCCUUCCAAGCUCUGGAGGACAUGUUAGUGUGGCUGGAGGACACCUUCCUUUUGUAGGGAAAGGAAAGCCAGUGCAUGGGAAGCCUGGAGAUGCAGGAAAAUAUUUUGGUUCUGAUGACCUUGGCAAUAGUAACUGCCAAGCUGAUUUUUCAUGCAUCAUCCCAGAUAUCCUGUCUUCACCAGCCAUUCCAGGAAAUAUUGCUGAUAUAGUGGAAUUGCUAAAGAAGAUUUCCCUGCUGUUAUCAGCGCAUGUUGAUAGAGGAAAAAUGCAGAGCUACAGCAGGAUAGCAAACCAUAUUCUGAACAGCUCUGUCAUUUCCAACUGGGCUUUUGUAAAAGACAGAAAUGCCAGUUCAAUAUUACUGGACUCGGUGAAUUUAUUUGCUGGGAAACUUCUUCUAAAGAAUGGGUCAGAAAGCAUACAGGAACACUUCAUCUCUACAAAAGGCUACAGUGUACAUAAAAAUACUUCAGGAAAGAGCUUUGAUUUUUCUAUGGAGUUUAAUACCACAGCCAAUAUCACUGGGCACGUGGUCAUUCCAAAAGAAGAGCUUUUGAAGUUACCCAAGACUUCCAAAGCCAUCAGCAUUGCAUUUCCAACACUUGGAGCCAUUAUAGAAACCAACCGAUUGGACCCUGUUUCUGUGAAUGGAAUGGUGUUAUCGGUGUCUCUGCCAGAAGAGCUCCGUCACGUUUUGCUCAUCUUUGAAAAGGUGAAUAAACUUGAGAAUGUCAAGGCUCAGUGCGUAGGGUGGCACUCUACUGAAAGGAGAUGGGAUAACAGGGCAUGCAAAAUGAAGUCUGACAACAUCAGCAGUGUUGUUUGCAUCUGCAAGCAUCACUAUCGGACAUUCAAAUCCUUCUCCAUUUUGAUGUCCCCCACCAUGCUGCGAAAUGCAGUGCUGGAUUACAUUACACGUGUAGGGUUAGGCCUUUCUAUUUUCAGCUUGGUUCUCUGCCUUAUCAUCGAGACUGUUGUCUGGCAUCAUGUAACAAAAACUGAAAUAACUUACAUGCGCCAUUUUUGUUUGAUCAACAUUGCUACAUCGCUUCUCGUUGCUGAUGUUUUGUUCAUCUUGGCUGCUAUUGUGCACAGUACAGCUCUAAACUACAAGCUGUGUGUAGCAGCCACUUUUUUCCUUCACUUUUUUUAUCUUGCCUUGUUUUUUUGGAUGUUUACCCUCAGCCUCUUGAUUCUCUAUGGAUUAUUACUUAUUUUUUUUAAGAUAACAAGAUCUGCAUUCAUAGCUACAGCAUUCUUUAUUGGAUAUGGAUGUCCCUUGGUCAUAUCUAUCCUCACUGUUGCUAUUACUGAACCAAAAAAUGGGUAUUUAAGGAGUGGAGCCUGCUGGCUCAAUUGGUAUGAGACAAAAGCCCUUUUGGCCUUUGUUGUACCUGCUCUGAGUAUCAUUGUUGUGAAUGUGGUGGUGGUGGUAGUGGUUGUGGUGAAGACUGGGCGACCCUCUGUUGGAGAAGGCUGCAAGUCACAGGAUUUGAGCAGCAUGAUCCGAAUUAGCAAAAAUGUUGCCCUUCUGACACCUCUUCUGGGUCUUACCUGGGGGUUUGGAUUAGCAACGAUUGUCGACAGUCGCUCCCUGGCAUUCCACGUUACAUUUGCACUACUGAACGCCUUCCAGGGAUUCUUCAUCCUGUUGUUUGGGACACUUCUGGACAGAAAGACGAGAGAAGCCUUGAGGAUGAGCUGCCUUUCAUCAAGGCGGAAGUGUAGUCUAGCAAAGUCCUAGCGGUGGACAGUUGUCUUCAGUGCGUUUGACCAGUGGGAGAAAAAAGGAGCAUUUCUGACACAAAGGUCCUGGUUUGAGAUGAGCCGAAGUGGCUGACCGGCUUGGAGCAUGGACAGCACUGUCUUGGAGCACAACCACGGGAAACAUCGUGAAAACCAGAAGAGAAAAGGCCCUGACCCUGCUGUCAGGAGCGGGAAACCAUCAGUGUUGCUGCAACCCUUGGAGGAAACAUGCUGAUACAUAAAGGAUGUUUCUUACCUUCAUGAAAACUGCUAUGAGGAGAGUUUGUCCUCAUUUGCAAUUUCAGUUCUUCAUUUCUAUUUUUCCCAUGUCAGUGUAGCAAGGAGCUGUACAGCAUAUGGAGCUGUUCUAAAAUGAUUUAAUUUUUCAUGUGAUGUACCAAUAUUAAGUGUUAUCUAGCUGGUUUUGGAUGUCUUUGAUAAAAA